AGAAAGUUUUUGUAUUGACAAGUCGGAUUUUGAACAUUAGUGCGAAAUGGAUUCGUAUGCAAGGUGACCGUGGUAUUCGAAGUCAACGAUUGGCGUGAAGAAAAUCUGCGAGAUAUCACCUCACUUUUCAAGGAUGGAGGAAAGUGUUUCAGAUAGUGAAGUCGAUUUCAGUUCAUGUAAAAACGGGCGUCAAUUUCCCAAAAUUGGAAAUAAACGGUGGGCCUAUGCAGUGAGGCGCGUUUCCAUUGGCUGGUCACCAGUUCAAGAGGCGGGGUUUAAUAACGACACGGUGUCUAUUCAUCCAAAGCGACUGGUGGAAUUGUUACGUUUACCCUCAGUAAAUACCUAUUCAACGCUGAAAAGGAAACUUAUUAAGUCGAAAUUUAGCCCGGAAUGGAUUUUGGAAUUUUUACAUCAAGAUGGGCUAGAGAUCCUCUUUGAGAGUUUGGAACAAAUUGCUAACCAAAACUCGUCCUCUUUUCUGGACAGCGUUUUAUUUAUUUCUUGUGCGGAAUGUAUUAAAACCGUUAUGGAUUCGUCUCUAGGAUUGGAUUAUAUCGUGGAAAAUAAGGAGCAACUAAUUCGAAAAUUUGCAUCAGCGCUAGACACAGACAAUGUUACAGUUAAGAAGCAGAUUCUGGAGCUACUGUCUGCACUGUGUGUGUACUCCAAAGACGGCUACUCCUGUACGCUAGACGCACUGGAACACUACCGGAAAGUUAAAAAGCAGAGAUACCGUUUUGCUGCAUUAGUGGAAGAGCUGCGCAACACAGAAAAUGUGGAGUACCAGACGAUUCUCCUGGAACUCAUUAACUGUAUCAUUGUUUACGCUGAUAAAAUUGAAGACCGUGUGCGAAUUAGAAACGAGUUUUUUGGAUUAAGAUUGCAAGAAAUUUUAAACAGGUUACGGCGGAAAGAUGAGCAAAAAGAGAGCGUGAUCACUCAACUGGAUGUGUUCGAUCAGCAUCGCGAGGAGGACGAAGAAGCUCUGCCCGGGGCGAAGGGCGUGGAUCUGAAUAGCCCUUUAGAUGUGUUCCACGCCAUAUACAAUCAGAUUGGCGAUUGUCCUCAGGAGCUGAAUUUCCUGACAACACUACAACACAUGCUGAAAAUUGACCCCACCGAUCCCAACAGUGAAUUGAUAUGGCAAACUCUCGAGAAACUUGUGUGCAAUGCCGCAUUAAUAGAAUCCACAGAAGAUGCACAAAAACUAUUGAUGACGUCGCAGCGAAAGCGGGAAAAAUCUGUCGAUGGGCAAUGUGCAUGUUCUUGUCAUAAUGGAGAAAGAGCACGCGUGAUGUCACCACGACGAACUAAUAAUGUUCCUCUCCCAGAAAAUACCUCAAAAGAAAAUGUUUCAACCAAAGACGCACCUCCCCCACCCCCUGCCCCGGCGCCACCGCCACCCCCACCACCACCUCCACCCUCAGGAAUAGGGCCCCCACCUCCACCACCCCCACCCAUGGCUCCAGGUAUACCCCCACCCCCUCCUCUGGGAGGUGCUCGAUUUCCCAAUGCUACGCCUCAGGUGAAACUACCUCAGCAAACUGUACCCAAACCCAAAACUAAAAUGAGGACUUUGCAAUGGAGCAAAAUUUCGGCCAGUAAAGUGAUGUCAGGAAAACCCAACAUCUGGCAGUCUGUUGGGGAGCGAUUUAAUGUGAAUGAAAUGGACUUCAAUAAAAUGGAGGAUCUGUUCAGUAUCAGUGCUCCACCUGACAACUCGGAAAAGGUGAUUGGUGGAAAUCUCUCUGAAAGACGGAAGCGAGAACUAACAGAGAUAAAUUUGCUGGAGGGAAAGAGAAGUUUGAACAUCAACAUCUCCUUGAAACAGUUCCGAAUGUCAAACGAGGAAAUCAUUCAUCUUAUCCGAGAGGGCCCGAGUGAAAAAAUCGGUGCAGAGAAACUCAGAGGUCUAAUGAAGAUAAUGCCUUAUUCUGACGAGAUUGAACUUCUAAGAAGUUUCGAAGGUAAUCGAGACAAACUCGGAAGUGCUGAGAAGUUCCUGAUGUGCCUUAUGGACCUUCCACACUAUAGGAUUCGCAUCGAAGGUAUGCUAAUUAAAGAGGAGUUCACCAACGAUAUGGAAUGGAUCCGCCCCGCAAUAGAAGCUGUAAUCCUUGCCGCCAAAGAUAUUAAAAGGAAUACCAAUCUUCAUGAAGUGCUUUAUCUGGUUCUGUUGGCAGGGAAUUAUUUAAAUGCGGCUAACUCUAGCAUAGGCGAUGCUGCUGGAUUUAAGCUUUCAUCUCUAAUCAAACUUACAGACACACGUGCCAACAAACCGAGAAUGAAUCUCAUGCAUUACGUUGUCAUGCAAGCAGAAGAGAAAAAUUCCAAAUCCUUAAAUUUUCAAGAUGAAAUGAAAUACCUAAAGGACGCUUCAUUAGCCUCGGUGGAAAACAUGACCACAGACAUCAACAGUCUUGCCAAUAAACUAAAACAUCUUUCUGACCAAAUGAACAAUGUCAAUCAAGAAUUCCGAGAUCAGAUAUCUGAUUUCUUACAGGAGGCAAAAUCGGAGAUCGAUGACUUACAGGAAGAUCUGAAAGAUAUUGAGAAUCUACGGUGUGAGUUGGCCGAUUUCUUCUGUGAGGAUAUCAAAACGUUCAAGUUGGAAGAGGCCUUCCGAACUAUGCAAACGUUUUGCGAACGAUUCAAGAAGGCCAUGGAGGAAAAUGGACAAAGGAGGAAAAAUGAAGAAAAGGCAGUCUUGCGCGAAAAGCAAAAUCAGGACGAGCGCAACAGGAAACAUUCCGCUGAAUCACGGGCCAACCCUGACAAUCAAAAUCGAGUCAAUGCCAACAGUGAGGACGAGUCCAUAGUGGACAUGCUCCUCGCAGACGUUCGAAGUGGAUUUGCUAAUCGAAAAUUUGGUGAUAGUAACUUUUCAGUAACAAAAGUUAAAAAAGUGAACCUUGAUGGAAAUGACAAUGUAACUGACGUAAAACCCAGAUUUGUAAGAGGCGGAUAUGGACGAAGGAGCACGCGCAGUAAAAAGAGACAAGAAGAGGAGGACUUUGCUGACUCAGAAAGUACGUGUAGCAGUCUUGAAGAUACGACAGAUUACAAAAGAUCUGAAGGAUUUCCAAAUAAAAACGAGUCACUGAUGAACAUUCUGACACAACCAGAAGACAAACCAAAUCAACCUCAAUUUGAGCGGUAUGGAUCUCUACGUCGACGACGCCAGGAACGGAAAGAGAGUCGAAAUCUUUUGGAAGUUUUUGAUAGGGAACGUGCACCUUCUCCAAAUGUGGAAACACCAAAGAAUUCUGAAGAAACCAAACGUUCUCUGACCCCCUCUGUUGAAAAAUCUGUAAUAAGCGAAUUUGAUACCAGUGAUAUGCCCUUCAGGCGAACAAAAAGCAUGUAUGACCGAUCCACACGUAGCUCAAUGAAAACUUCCAAUGAGUCCAAGGACACUGAGGAUGUUGCUGAAAGACUCAAGAGAAAAUAUGUGAAAAAAGAUUCCACUCCCACACCUGAGACACAAAGCAGCAAUACAUCGAGUUUAUCAAAAGAGGAGACUACAGAAGAACACCGUACUCGAUGGAGAAGUGGGAUCACACCAUUGGAGGGAAACCGAAACCUUCCGAUUAUUGACGAAAAAUCGAGAUUAGAAACUCCAACGAGAGAAUUGGAAAAGGCAUCCCAACAAGAAGCACCCGAAGAAUCUGAAAACGCUGUAGAACGAACCCGCACUCAAAUGGCUCGACGACUUAGUAAGAGAAAUACUAUGGAUCCUUCAGAAAUAAAACAUCUUCUCGAAUUAGCCGAUAAGAACGGUAAUAUCAACAAAGUUGCCAAAACAUCCGAUGAUAGUUCAAAAGUUUCUGUUUCUGUAAAAACACAGUUAAAUCGACGUUGGAAAAGUGACUUGGACAGAAAAGAUAUUGAUCAAGUACUUAAAGCUAUUGAAGAUUCGGAAUCAAAGAAAAACGCGAUAGAAAAUGCAACAUCCACUCCCCAAACCUCAAUGCUGGCAGAAUUGACCCCAGAGUCAAAACCUGAAGGAUCAAACACAGGUGGAGAGAGUGAUGCACUGAAAGCAAAGCGUAAAAUUAGAAAACAGCGGUCAAAUUUAUCUCUGGAUGAUGUUAAACAAGCACUGCAUUCUAAUAAAAUAGAGGUGAAUAAUAUAAAAAAUUCACAAACUGCAGGAGAAACUCCUCAAAUAGAAAACAUUAAACCAAAUCCAUUGCCUCCCGAUGUACCUCCUCGCCGAUCAAGACCAAACAGUGAAGCUUCAGAAGAAAACAAAAUAGAAUGUGAGAAGAAAUCAAAGAGAGAGUCCUCAAAUUUAAGCAAAGCAGCUAAAAUGGCAGCAAAUCGUAAAUUUCGUAGUAAACGUUUUGGAGAUAAAGAUCGAUCAUCUGAUGGACGCUGGAAAAGUGACGUACAAAAGGACACUAUUGAUGAGGCUCUAAAAGAACACGGUAUGAGCAGAUCUAAAUCGUAUGACGAAUCUGUCGCUCGCAAAGCUGUCAGCGAGAAGAAAGAAUUUUCACUCGUUAACCUCCAGAUAGUGAAUGGUGAGAAGAUAAAAUUCCGAAGAAGUGUUGGGAGACUUGACUCUGAGAGUAAACGAGGAGCCAAAUAUUUCCCAAGCAGUGACAGUGAAACUGAUAAUAUUCCUGAUGGAACAUCUUCCCCAAGAAGACCGUCCAGCUCCAAAAGUGACAGUCCCAAGAGUUCUAGUCGAUUGUCAAUUAAAUCUACCAGCACAUCAACAGAAACUCUUAGAUGCGACACGCCAUAUAGCGAAGCGGACGCCUCCUCUCCGGAACAAAAACGCAGAAAUUCCUCUUUGCAAGAAGAGUCUGUGGACAACUCAAUGACAGACGCAUUGGUUCUCCAACAGCGAUCAAAAAGAGCAGCUUUGACGUCAGAUGAUGGUAUUGGGACAGCAUCACAAUCAGAAAAACUUAAAAUUCAAGUACCGGUGGAUGAAUUCGACGUUUCACCGAUGGCUAUGAUGUCAGUGUGGAAACAAAAACGUUCCACGCAACGCAAAAGUGACAAUCUUUCUGAUCAAGAAAAUCCUAUUUCACCUCGAUUUACGAAAACAAACGAUUCAUUCACUUACGAGUCCAACACCCUUAGUAGCCCUCGUUCUCAUUCAGGAUUACCUAUCGUUCAUAAAUCUGAAGGCAGUGGAGAUUCUAUGUCAAUCAGGAACGACAUCGGAUCGCGAUGUAGUUACGCUAGUAGUAGUGACAGUGCUCGUGACGAAGGGUUUGAGACCAUGUCCGGUACUGUGUCGCAGCGCACGUCACUUAGUAGUACGCUUGAAUCGGAAUUAACCCCCACGCUUCCUCGAAAAUUGUUAAAUAUGAAGGCUGCGAAAAGUGUUUCUCAUGAGGAUGUGAACGUACCACCUAAACGGGAAAUAAUAAAAUCAACUGUACAAAAGCAGUCGGAACUUGAUGCCCGUAAACAGAGGACCGAGUCCUGGACAGAAUCUGUGGUCGCUACAACAACAAAUUUAAACAAGGAGUCCCCUCUUGACUCCUCUAUAAAUUAUUCAACUCUAUCACCAGACAGCGGGCACGGCACAUCGAAGGAAGACGUCUGGAGCGAGAAUGUUGGCCUUGAAAACACAGUGAGGUGUAAAUCGCCUUCGAGUCCUCGUUCCUCAACAAAAAUGGCGCCUUUAGCUACUCCUGAGAAUGUCCAAAACUUGUCCAAGACAAAGGAACUUCCCAGUUACAUGCGUGGAACAGCAAGUAGCUCUACUAGAGGCCGUCCGAAUUCUUCUGGGUCAGACUCAAAUAGAAACAAAUCUCCAAGAAAAAGCACAACAAAUUUAAAUAAAUCUCGAACCAGUGAAUCAAAUACAAGUAUAGCAUCAUCUGUAAGUGGUGUAUCAGAAAGUGGCGCGCAUGCAAAGUCGAGUCCAAAAAGAAAAGUUUCCUCUAAUGUCAGUCAACCAAAUUCGCGUUCUACAACGCCUCAUCCACUAUCUCGUCCGACGACGCCAGCAAACGGAGCUUCAAGGUCUACAUCUACAGCACAUCAUACCUCCCCAUCAAAAACAGCGUCAAGCGUAACGACACGCCUCACUGCUUCCUCUUCGCCUAGCAAAGGAUUUUCCCGAACUCAGUCACUACGUCUACCAAAAUCAUCAAGACCAUCUUUUGGAGGUUCUUCUACAGACUCCGCGAAAACAACAAACACUACUAAAGCCCCCAGACGGUCAUUUAUGUCUCCGACUGCAUCAUCUCAAGCCCGAAAAGAAAUCAAUCCUCCGCCAAUUCCACCUCUAAGAACUGUUUCAUCCACAAAUAAUAAACCAGCUAUUAAACCCGUUUCCGUUGUAACAUCUGUUAAACCAAGUGAAAAGAGCUUCGACUCAAAACAAAAAUUUACUAAAACUACAUCUGCUACCAAAGCUCCAAAUAUACCACCAUCUCCUGUAGUUGAUAUUGCCAGGUCUGUAAACGUAACGAAAUCCUCAACGGCUUCUCCGCUUAGAAGACAUGGAAGCCUUAAACUACAAAACCGAUCAGCUGAUAAACUUGUAUACCACGAAGAUUCCAUUCCUAAACCAGAAACGUUAAAGGCAGAAAACAAAACAAAAUCAUUUAUUAAUAGAAUAAGUGGAAGCAAGGUCAAACCGGAAUCACAUGUAAAGUCUCCAAAAUCAGACUCUCGUGGCAGUCUUUCAACCGUUGUAGAACAAAAAGGUGAAGAAUCAAUAACAACGAACAGCAAGGGGUCUAUCAUCAAACGAAUCGUCAGCAAAUCAUCUCCUAAGAAACUGGCCGAGAAGGCGUCUGAUAAAAAUGCAACGAAAAAAUGAGAACACGGAGACUGGACCCGACUUUUUAUAAAUAAAACUGUGAUAGGUUGUCUCUACGACCGUUGAGUGCCAAAGUAACCGUGAACAUCCCCAAGUGUUCGCAGUGAGCCGCUGGCCAGAGCGCAUGUGUAGUGUCGUACUUCCGGUGUGUAAAAGAGAAAGUACUUUGGCUGGACUGGACCAAAAACAAAGAAACAAUAGUGCUACAAAACUUUUGAACACAUAUUAAGACAAUGUAAUCGUUGAUAUUAUAAUAGUCGCUACAACUCAUUGUAACUAGAAGAAAACGUAUUUCGCAAAAAAGUUGUAGGAUUGUACAAAGUAGGCAAUUUGACUAUUCAAUGCAAAGGGAACAAGGAGGCUGAAAAAGUCUCAAUGUGCAUUUAACAUGAUAUUUAUUUCCAUUUGUGAAGUUCAACCUGACAAAUGGGACCAGUACUGUGCUUUCAUAGUGACACAGAUUCCCAUAGACAAUCCACAUCCGUGUAUCAGUUUUACCCGUUCUCUAAAUUUCACCGUGUACUAGUGGAUAUUUUUGUUAUGUAUGUAAACUUAUAUUAAUUCUUUUUGUCAAAAUAAUACUACACAUACAUCAACCAUUAUUGUUGGCUUUUUGUUACAUAAUGUUAUUAUCAAUAAAAACCUUUACAAAAUGAC